UCAAUAAGUUUGUCAAGCUGUAGAAUUAAGGGUUUUCAAGCAACUGUAAAAUUCUUGGUGUUUGCUUGAACACUUGCCAUGCCUUCAGCAAGGGGCAUCUUCCUUUUCAUGUUGGCUGUAGUGACACUGAAUUCUUCCUUCGGAAUAGAUCCUGAGGCCUUUCCUGAAGUAGGUGUUGCUUAUGGAGCAGCCUCUGAAAACCCAGUCCGUUUUGGCAAACUUUUCAUUAGUGGCCAAGGUACAACGCCUAAUAAUGUGAAGACCUCUUUGUUGAGGUCAGCGGAGUCUGAUGGGCACCAGUCAAAUGAGGAAGCAUGGUUUCUGUCUGCUAGCACUAAGCUGCGCCGUCUGGGUUCUUCUGUGCAAUGUAGCAAUGAUUCAAUGAUUUUGCGCAUUCCAGGACCAAGAACGCCACACUUUCUAAUUGACAGAGGAGACCAGUCACCAGUGCCUUUGUCUGAGAUGCCAGCUAGCUGUGGCUUCUCACUGAAGCGUGCACGCAGGGAUGUCUCUCUUGUUGCUCCAUACCGGGGCUGUAAUGUCAGACAAGAGGGUGGAAGUUAUGUUCUGCCACUAAUUAUAAUGGGUGCUCCAGUGCAAAUGUCUUGCCCUGUGGGUCCUCUUCUCCCUACCGUGUCCUGCUUCUCCUUUGGCAUGAUUGUCACACUUGGCAUCAGAGCAGAUAAUAUUAAAAUUAAAGUUGAUGGAUCAUGGCAGCCUCUGCUCCUAACAUGCUCCCAAUGCUCAUUUGCAUUUGAGACUACUGCUGCUGGUUCACUGGUUGUCACAGCCCCAUUCACCGGGAGCUGUUGGGAAACUACUGAUACAGCAAAGCAACUCCCUCUGUUGUACGGUGGCCGGGAAGUGACUCUUUCCUGUCCUCUGACACAGCCAACUGUAGCCCCAACCAUGGACCCAACCACACCUGCCCGUGACCAAACUGACAUGCAACAGAUGUUUGACCGUUUUGGAAAGCCAUGGUGGUAUCCUGUGGCACCUGCUACCCUGCCUCCUACUGUGCCACCUACGACUGCCACUAUGCCGCAUUUUCAAUAUCCUUUCCAGCCCAUGUACCCUCCCAAGUAUCCCAUGCCAAUAUUUGAUCCCUUUUACUCUAAAGGUGACCCAGUUGCUCCCCCAGCACAGCAACCACCAUAUCCCUGGUACCCGAAGUUCCCUCCUUAUAAAAAUGGCUUCCACAGCCCAGUUGAAGUGACCACUCCUGCAACAACCGUACCCACCCCUGCCCCAUACCAGCCUGAGCACCAGUAUCCAGGUUAUCCAAUGUACCCACCGUACUAUGGUCAACCUGUUAAGCCUUUUGUGGCUCCAACUGUAAAAUACCCUUACAUGCUCCAGUAUCCUAAGGGUCCAAUCUCUGGUCCCCGCAGCCCUAGGUCACUGUCUUCCCCUGCAUUGUUAUCCUCUGUCUACAGGUCUCGUAGAUGACCACUUGACUGAGCAGAUGAGUGGACUUGAAGCUGUAUUGCUUUUGACACCAGAACAAGUUAAAUGACAACAUCAGUAGUUUGGUAUAAGACUAAUAAAGCUCUUUGACUUCAUGAAAA